AUGUUGUACGACCUUGCUCGUGAAAAUUCUUAUCCUACUCCUCUUGCCAACUCCUCCAUUCUUCCCUUGAUGCUGAUGUCUUUACUGACACAAAGAAACGCCCCGUCUAUAACACAAUCUGUAUUUACUCUCAAAUCUGAAUAUGACGUUAUCAUUGUGGGAGCAGGAGCUGCGGGAGCAACUCUUGCAGGUCGAUUGUCUGAAUUACCAUGCAUAAAUGUUCUGUUGCUUGAAGCUGGACAUGGAGCUCCACUAUUAAGUGAUAUUCCAGUUUACGGAUUCAGUUUUUGGUAUUCGGACAUUGACUGGGCAUACAGAACAGUCCCCCAAAAGUACACAGCAAGAUUAAUUGAAAACAGACAAAUAGUGUGGCCAAGUGGAAAAGGGUUUGGUGGAUCAAGUUUAAUAAACAAUGGAUUGUAUGUUCGAGGAAAUCGAAAAAACUACGAUGAUUGGGAAACUAAAUAUGGUGCGAAAGGAUGGAGCUAUAAAGACGUUCUUCCUUACUUCAAAAAGAUGGAAGACAACAGGAAUCCAGAUUUCUUUGCAGAUGGUAUGGAUUCCAAGUUAAAAACAACAAUGGUUCUAGUUAAUAUAGAAAAUCAUAGAGCAGUUGGGGUGUUCGUGGAAAUAAAUGGUACAACAUACCAAAUAAGAGCAAAGAAAGAAGUGAUCGUAUCAGCAGGUACAGUGAACACUGCUCAAAUACUUAUGCUUUCAGGUAUAGGGCCUAAAAAAGAGCUUGAUAAACAUGGAAUACAAAUGAUAGCUGAUUUACCCGUGGGAGAAAAUUUUCAUGACCAAAUAUCGACUCUCAACAACUUUGUGUUGGGCCCAAACCAUACUCCUGCUGCUAAGAAGAUUUCUGAUCCUAAGAACAUUAAAGAUUAUUUACACCAUCGCAAAGGCCCACUUGGUUCCCUGGAAUUUGUUACAAUUAUGGGAUGGUUAAAUAGCGGUAAAAUGGAUUCGAAAAUUGACGACCCAAAUUAUCAGUUAUACUUUUUAGAAACCCCUCCAGGUGGUAUUCAAGCUCUUAAAAUGUUACCAAGUGCUUAUGAGCAAAUAUUUGGUCCAUAUCAGAAUGUACCAAUUUUGACCUGUUUCUCCCAACUCGUUAAAAUUAGCAGUAAAGGAACUGUUACGUUGAAUUCCUCCGAUCCACAUGAUCAACCUUUAAUUGAUCCUAACUACUUCUCUGAUCCUUCAGACUUACAAGACAUGAUUGAAGGAUACGUGCUGACCAUGAGUCAUGAAGUUGGCACAGCCAAAAUGGGAGAUCCAAGUGAUCCCACAACUGUGGUUGAUCCAGAAUUAAGAGUGAAAGGCAUUAAAGGUCUUCGAGUUGUAGAUGCAUCAAUUAUGCCCCAAGUAAUCCAAGGAAAUACAAAUGUUCCUACCAUCAUGAUUGCAGAAAAAGCAUCGGAUAUGAUCAAACAAAGCUUAGGAGGCUGCAUGACAAAAGAAUCGAAUUAGAAGAAUUUGAAGAAUCUCAAUG